AUGGCCUACAAUGGCUUCGCUGGCUUUGGUGAAGAUGGUAUGGAUGGCGUUGAAACCUCGGGACCUAAAGUGACCGUGAGAGAGGUUGAGCAAGAUCGCUGUGAUUUUGUCCUACAGUCAUGCUCCCUCGCUUUGGCGAACUCACUGCGCCGCGCCAUCCUAGCAGAAAUCCCAACCAUUGCCAUCGACCUUGUUGACAUUAUCACCAACUCCUCCGUUCUUCCUGAUGAAUAUCUUGCGCAUCGGCUCGCAUUAAUACCUCUCGCGAGCAAGGGAGUGGGAGAAAACCUCAACUAUACACGAGAUUGUGAUCGAUGUGAUGACCACUGCGAGUAUUGCUCUGUGGUUUUGCGCCUCCACGCUCGAUGUACCAGGCCCGGUACUAUGAUGGUCUAUGCGCGGGACCUGACGGUCGCGGAUCCUCGUCAAGAUGGUAUUGGCCAGCCAGUGAUUCGGGAUGUUAAUGGCACCGGGCCACUGAUUGCAAAAUUGAGACAAGGCCAAGAGAUUCAUCUAGAAUGUAUCGCAAAAAAGGGCAUCGCAAAAGAACACGCGAAGUGGGCUCCGACGGCUGCAGUUGGAUUCGAGUACGACCCGAAUAACAAGUUAAAGCAUCUUGACUACUGGUACGAGACGGACGCAAAGGAAGAGUGGCCCGUAGAUGAGCGCAAUGCCACAUGGGAAGGCGAUGAUACGGCGGCGGAUGCUUCAUUCGACCCUGACGCGGUGCCGAGCGCGUUCUUCUUCGACGUGGAAGGUGUUGGUACCCUGGAGCCGGAUGACAUUGUGCGGGGAGGGAUUGAGGUCAUCCAGAAGAAGUUGGCAGAGACCAUCAAAGCUUUGGGAGGCGCUGAGGCAGCAGGUGCAGACGCGAUGAACGGCCUCCAGAGCCCUGAUGGGUACGAGCCUGCUCCUGCAAAUGGAGGAUACGAGGCAUAUGGCGGGCUGAGGGGCGGUACAACCCCUUACGGCGCAACUCCUUACGGUGCUGGUGGUUAUGGUUACUAG